GUUCCAUUGUCAAGUGACUUUGGGUAGCUUAUAGCAUAGUAAAACAACAAUAUAAAACUGUGAAAUUGUUAAAGUGUUAAAAACAUUAAGCAUUAAAACUAUGACAAAAUGUAUAUAUUUAAUAUUACAUGUAUUAACAGCAGCGAGAAUUAGUAAAAUGAAGAAAAAUGAAGAAACACCAAUGGAAGAAGACAUAAUUGGGAAAAUCUUGGACUGUGUGGAAAUGGAUAGACUUACAUUGAAAAUGAAAGGGAAAGAAGAUACAGAAUAUUUUCAAGCAUGGGAUAAUUUUUACAAAUGGCUAAAAAAAUGGAGUAGAGAGUAGGAAUGGAAGUUGUAUUAUUAUUAAUGUCAAAUAUGUGGACCCAGACAACACAUUGUUUAUUAAGCACUAAAGAUUUGUAACUAUAAAAACUUAAUAAAAUAUCUAUAAAAAGCAAUAAAAUUUAAAACAUUAAAAGUUAACGAAAAACUAGAUAGAAAGGAUUUUAAAAAUUUCAGUGAGAAACUGUUUUUUCCAAACCCUGCCCAUUGUUUGAUUGCCCUGAAGACCUGAUCUACAUAUGAUAAGCCAAGCUGGUACCAAUGUUUAGCAUCUUUGUCUGUGGCACCAUAAACUUUCUAGAACUCCCAAAAGUAUUUUUCCAAAAGGCAAUUGGAUUUCUUGGUUUUUUCCUUGAAAACAUUUCAAGGAAAAAACCAAGAAAGUCUACUUGCCUUUUGGAAAACCAGCUUUGGUGCAACCAAGACCUGGAUGAUUUAGAAUCUCCAUAGACACUUCCUAGAACUUUCCAUGUGAAUGUGUUGUCCAGGUAUUUAGUUGAAUGCACUAAAGUAGCCGUCCCCAAUCUUUCCAGAUUUGUGGGCUGGCGGGGGGCAGAGGCGAUGGUUCUGCACGAGUGGCGGGCAAGCACAGUUCCAUUUGUUCAAGAUGGAUGGAAAGAAACCGAGACUUAAAAACAAAUAAACCAAUAGAAAAAAGCAAAACAUUCAAAAUUUAAAGUGAGGGCUUUGUAUGGAUCUACUGGGUUCAAAUACAUGCUUACUUAACUAGACUUUGAUUGAAAUAGGUGUCUUUCCCCCCCCUCCCCAAAUAUUGCUGAUAUUUAAUAACUAGGAGGGGGUCCAUAACUAAACUUUGCCAGUUUCUUCAUGGAUGAGACAGAAAAAUGUCAAAAUUAAGUGAGAGGGGGAGGGAGAAAGAGAGAGAGGAGAGAGGGAGAGAGAGAGGACAAAGAAAAGAAAUUAAUCGAUUUGCCCAGCUCAUAAUUGUAAAUCUUAGUUCCAUCUCAACAGACAUUCAAUAUGGGAACUUCAAUCAAGAGAAGUUGAAUUAGGAGAACAAGCACUUUUCAUAGUAUUUAAGACUAUAUAGAACAUAGUAAUAUCGUAUGAUCUUAGUUCACUCCUCCACAAGAGAUUUCCUGUUUCACUCCAUGCCUACUUGUCUGGUAGAAAAAAUGUGAACUUGAGAAGAUGGCAAAGCCAAAUCUGAUUGUGUAUACCUACUUUUUUAUCUUCCUUCCUUCCAUUUGUGCAGAGAGUGGCUCUGGGUCAGAAGCAUCUGUAGGAUAUGGUACUUGUGUAGAUGAUGAGCACGACAACAACUUUAAGUGUUUCACUCAAAUGCUAGCACUCCAAAGCAAUUUCUUAAUUUGUGAUGCUUCUGAGACAGAGGUGAACCUGAAUGAGGCAAAUGCCAGUUUCUCUGUGUAUGGGACUCAACCCCGGUCCUGCUUCAUGAAAAAUCCCCUUGUCAGCAAUUGUUCUAUAUACAGCAUCGAUCUUAUCAGUUCUUUGAAAGUUUGCUUGACAAUAACAUCGAUCAAUCCUUGCAAAAAUUGCCAGGAAUUGAAAGCUGUUCAUAUCGUUAAACCUGAAGCACCUUUUGGUCUAAAUAUCACCUACCAGGAAAAAGCAAAUGAGUAUCUUGUUCAAUUCUCAACACCACAUAUAGCAAACACAUUCCUUCAAGACAAAUUAAUACAUCAGUUAGCCUACCGUCAAGAAAAUACUAACUGGACUACCAAAGAAUUUAAUUUGCUUAAAUUAAAACUUCUGGGGAAGGAAUUUAAGUCAGAAGUAACGUAUGAGAUGAAGGUUCGGUCAAGGCCCAACGGACAUUAUUUCAAAGGCCACUGGAGUGAAUGGAGCUCAUCUCAAUAUUUCAAAACUUCAGCCAGAAGUUCCCAACAUCUCAGUACCUCAGACAAACCAUCAAGUGGAAUAAACAAAGUUGUCCUGAUAACAGUGUCCAUUGCAACUUUCUUUGUACUUUUGGUUGUAAUUCUUCUGGUCCCAACAGUCUGGAAAAACAGGAUCAAAGCAAUUGUUUGGCCCACCAUCCCUAACCAUCAAAAAACUCUGGAUAAAUUCUGCAACAAACUAAGAAAGAAUUCAGACACCAGUUUCUUUAAUCCUGAGAGUUUGGGAUAUGCUCACAUCCAUAAGGUGGACAGCAUUCAGGCUAAAUCAGAAGUUGCCCACCUUCACCCACCAUCAUGUAACCUGGAGGCAGAGAUUGAGAAUUUGGUGGAACAAAAAGGCAACUUGAACCAUAUUCAUCAUGAAUGGUUGAAGCUGCCACUGGCAUAUGAAGGAAUGUUGUCCACGGAGACGAAGAACAAGCUGUAUAGUGGAAGUGAGAACACCUCUGCUGAUGGUUCAGUCCGCAGCAUCAAUCUAUAUAAUGAGGGUAGAAUUGUUGACCAACAUGGCUGGAACAACAAUGAUCUGUGUAAAUAUUCCAGUGUCUCAAUGGAUCACAUUUUCCCUGAAUUAAAGACACGGUCUUGUGACCACACUUAUUCCAAUGGGGAGAUCAGGAUAUUAAAUAAAGAAGAAACCUAUGUCACAAUGGCAAGUUUUUUUGAAAAUAAGGGAAAAUUACGAAAUUAAUAUAUACAAGCAUACGGUUACCAAGAGGCAUUUCUAGGUGUUACAUAGGGCUGUAACAUCUGUUACAUUACUUUUCCUUCUUCCAAUGCUGAUUUUCAGCAUCGAUUUGCAGAUUUAAAAAACAAAUUGUAUAAAGUUUUCCUUUAAAAUGAAAUUCUCUUGCAGUCAAAAAAAGCAGGAGUUUUCUUCCUACUUGGCUUUCCAUUGCAGGUGUAUUUAUUCCCUCACUCAAAAUUGCUUCAGAGCAUUUAAGGACCAACCAGAAGUGUUUGGAAGUCAUCAGUUUCUAUUCAGGCACCUUUGGGAAUUUUCUAAGUUUAAUGCUGUUUAGGAGGCUUCCAUGACACUGAGAAAAUAAAAACUCUGGUUUAAAGCCAAAAUAUGUUCAUUGAAACAUACAGGUGGUUUUUGUUUAUCGGCUGCCUAAUUUAGUGACUAUUUGCAGUUAUGACAGUGACGAAACCGUAACUUUAUAACCAAUCCUCACACUUACGACUUUCACAGGGUCUGUAAAGAAAGGAAAGCAGAAGUAAGAUCAAAAGCACAGUCACAGGUUUAUUUAGCGACCUCUUCGCUUAAUGACUGAGUUGCCAGUCCAAAUGUGGUUGCUAAAUGAGGACUACCUGCAUAUUAUUAUGCAAAUUUUACAUAAAAUUUACAUAAAAUCCAGAGAAAUACUAAAUAUCACGUAUCACAAUUUUAGCAUUAUUUUGUGAACCCUAAGGUUCUUUUUCAAAAGGCAACUGGACUUUGUUUUUGCUUGAAGAUGUUUCAUUUCUCAUCUAAGAAGCUUCUUCAGAACAGAACUGAAGAAGCUUCUUGGAUGAGAAGUGAAACAUCUUCAAGCAAAAAUAAGAAAGUCCAGUUCCCUUUUGAAAAAAACACCUUUGGGACAAUCAUGGCCUGGAUGACUGAAAAUCUCCACAGACAUUAUUUUGUGAAAUCAGUUAAGAUUCAGAAUAAAAUCCUCAGGAAUUAAUUUUCUAUCUACUGCAAUAUUUAUUUGGGUCCAAGAACCUAGGUCUGAAUGACUGGACAGAAUUAUGAUGGUGCAGAUAUUGGAAAUUUCCACAUCUUCCUUAUUAUGACUCAGUAGAAGCCUGCAAUGCUGGAGCACUUGAACUUAUGGUUCUGUCAUGUGAUUCCUGUUUAAUGAAAAAUAAAUCCUGCUGAAUUGAAGCAAAGUCCAGCAAUUUAGCAUCUUGUUUUCCAGGGUAACUAACAAGAAGCUCUUAACAUUCAGAAAAAGGACAAUAGUGUAGCCCAUCCUCUUUGCUGCUCCCUAAUAUUUUCCAAGAAGUUCUGGAUUGUUAUUAAGAUUGGUAGAUUUCUCCUGUCUUAAUCUGAGAACUUUCCUCCUAGGGCAACUUCAUGUCUUGGUGGAUAUAAAUAAUAUAAACUAUAUGUUAUGUGAAACUAUAUGUUAUGUUAUCCACAGUGCCUUGUGGAUAUAAAUAAUAUAAACUAUAUGUUAUGUGAAGUAAUACUUUAUUUUACCUAUAAUAAUAAUUUCAUAAAAAUUAGUCCACCAGUAUUGUCUACAGUAUAUUUCUAGGUAUCAGUUCAAUGGGUAUUGCCAUAAUAUCAGUUAAAACUUGAAUUCCACUAUAAAUCACUGCUGCUUUUGAUUUAGCUUUCUCCAAGAAAUAUUCAAGGGAUGCUAAAACAAUUUAAAAAUUAUUGUUAACCUUAUGUGUUCUAUAUUCUGUCAAUAGAUGUGUAAUCUUGCCAUGCAUUUAUCACGUUAUUUGCUGCUAUGUUUCAUUUUUAUAAGGUUUCAUAUGGUUAAUUUUUAUUUUGAUGGAAUUAUGGUUAUGAUGUCUGUAUAAAUAAAAUAAAUGUCUUUGAAUUGGAUGCUGGAAUGGCAAUUAAAUAAAGUCAUUAAGAAACAGUUAA